UCCUGUGGUUCGUUAUCGUUGCGGGCUCUGAAAAUCAUGGAGAAAUUCGUGUCCAGGGUCCCGCAUAGCCUUCCUACGUGCCGUAUCACAUAAAGAAGUUACAGCGUUUGGGCCCCUAUUGCCGUUUUCAAGAGUUGCACGCGGCAAGGUCAAGAUUUCUGCUUUCGCACAAUUUGAGAUCCCCGAAGCUUAGUUAUCCGCAGGGCACUACGGGCUGCUGGGAAAUGUGCAGAGUGAAGAAAUUUUCUCUCCUGAAAGCAUGUAUACGGGAUACGUUGUGGCGUUGGAGUUCCCUGUUGAACGUCCUUCCCAGGUGCUUCAAACAUGAUCUAGAUGUUCUGGUCUCGCCUCUCCAAUGACUUUGAGAUACUUCGAACCUGGUAAGCGUGUCAUUGAGCGCCGAACAGGGCAAAGGGCAGUAUGGAAACUUCCUAUAGCCUCGAUUUGUACCUCUGUUUAUUGGCCGUGUGUCCAUAGUGACUUCCUCCGUCCCACGAGGAAACACCACGAGACAACACAACCAGAGUCUAAUAGCCCGAGGAUAUUCUGUCGAACAAUAGUUGCGUAUGGUAGUUUAGUCCAAGUAUACGCCGGGGUAUACUUCGUUCGAGGAAAAGUGAUACAGAGAAUAUCUUUCAGCCACUUAGACCAUUCCCGUCAUCCUGAAGACGUUGAGAUAAGAGUCCUCACAGGUGGUCUAUGCGGUCCGGGAACGGAGCAGGUAAUCUUGAAGUCAUUAUUACCUAUGGAUGUGACACGUUAUCUGCCGAAUUUGCUUGAUUGUGAGAUCAGUCAAAUCGAGGAGGGAAUUUCUCAAUUCAAAUUGUAGAUCAUUCUGUCAGCUGGUCAGACUGCAAGCUGGCUGGACCUUGCCUUCGUUUCCUGUCAUAGACUAUUUUUAUCGUGGACCUUGUUUUUUCUGCGCCGGGACAUAGGCUGAUGUCUUUGGAUGUCCGAUGCAUGCGUACAUCCUCUGGUCCUGAAAAUCGUAGAGUGCUUACAGGGAGUACAGAGGAAUCCUAUUUACGUAAAAGAAAGUUCACGAAUUCUAAUUUGACUUGAUAUCUCAAUCUUUUUCUCCUAUAGUGUACCCUGGAAGUUGAGUUGUGACAAGUGAGGUUUUGAAUGGAUGACUGCCUAUAUCUACAUGGGAUACAGCGGUUUUCGUAUUUGUGAGUAUUUCUUCUUGGUGGCUAUGUGGUCCGUAAGCUUCAUGAAACUUGCACAAAGUUCGAUUGUAG